AUGAAUCCCCAAAUCUCUAACCUGGUCAUCAUGCUAGCCAUGAUGCAAGUCUCGCGUCGUCUGGACAUGGAGGAUCCAAACAUUAUCUUCUACGUCAGAGUCGCGUAUGGCUCCAGUGUUGCUGUGGCCUGGAUCAUCUACCAGAUUGCCAGAAGCAGAAUCUUGCAGAAGAACGACUUGACCACAUUGAAGUAUGUCGCGCCAGCCAACGCCAUGUCCGGCGAGACCGAGGGCAAGUUGCAGGUCACUACUGUGCGCGACUACGACCUUAAGGAGCUCGACUCCGCCGUCAAGUCCAUCUACACCGGUUUGGCCAUGAUGGGUUUCAUGCAUUUCUACAUGAAGUACACCAACCCACUGCUCAUGCAAUCUAUUUCUCCAGUCAAAACUGCGUUGGAGCACAAUGAGGUUCGCAUUCAUUUGUUCGGAAAGCCUGCCACUGGUGACCUAAAGAGACCCUUCAAGGCUCCAUCUAUGUUCGGUGGCUUCGGUGCCCCACCAGCUGCGAAGACUGACAAAAAGUCCAUUGAGGAGGCCGAGAGAGCUGGUACUGGUGGUGUCAAGGCCGAAUAA